GAUGGUACAUACUGUUGGUGCUGCUCUAACUGCUCUGUCAUUGAUUCAGUAGUAACACAGUCCUCAGUCCACAGCCUGCCUGCCUUCAGAGAGAGAGCCAAAGCAGGAAGAAAGAAAGAGAGGACAUAAGGAGAGAAGAAAAGAGAGUGAUUGUGAGAGAGAGAAGCAGGGAAAGCAUCCAGCCAUCUGUCUGUCUCCAGUCUGAAAGCCACAGCCGCCCUCUUUGUUUGGCGUCCCUGAUAUGACCCUGUUUAAAAGUGAGCACCACCGCAGCCCACGAUACAUUAGCAUGAGUGGAGAGCUGAAGUCCAGCCGUUCCAGGACCAGCAGCAAGAGACCCAGCAGCAAUCCAUACGGAUCUGACUAUGACCUGGACUAUGAGUGCUAUCAGGAGGACCUCUAUGACAGGAUGUAUGACUACCAGCGCGUGCCAGCUUCCCUACCUCCCCUGUCCCAGGGACCUAGCCUGGCCAAACGACCCCGCUCCUCCUCCACUUCCUCUGGGCACAGACGUAGCCGAGACAGGCCCCCCUCCAAGAGCUCCAGAGCCCACUCCACCAGCUCCAACAGGGCCAAGUUGCGGAUGGAGGAGCUGCAGGUCAUUAAGAGGGAGCUGACCCUGAUAAAGACACAGAUUGACGGGCUGCUCGACAACCUGGACAGGAUGGACACACAGAGGCGGGACCACACAGGAUCUCCCGUGAGGGAGGGCAGUUUGGCCGGGUCACCGUACCCCCCCUCCGCCAGCAGCGGUGACCGCUCCCCCUCCCCCCUAUCCCCCCCACGCCACUGCAUCCAGAGAGAGAGCCCCGAACUGGGGGAGGCCAGCGACGAUGAUCACACGAUGAAUAACCACAGCUCUGACCCUGAGGACGAGAUGUGAGGAUGGAAACAGAGAAGAAACGGAGGAUCGCCAGACAUAGAGGAAGAGAACAUCUGUCUUGUCAAGAAGUUACCAUGCCAACAACUGAUUCAGAGGCCCCACUCCUGUCGAACCAACCAGUUACAUUGUAUUCUAUAUCCACAUAUACAUCAACAGCACACAUACACAGACACACUGUAAUUACAGUUGAUCAGAAAUCAAGUAUUUCCCUUGGAUAUUCACCACUGAGAUCAGCUUAGAUUACACACACAUUUUAUCUGUAGAGUGUAAUUCUUAACCAGAACAGGAAAGUGAAAUCAUUUCUAUAUUCAUAAUUUUCUUAUGUUCUUUUUAGUCCGUCUUCAUAUUUUCCAGAAAAACAUUCUGAUUACCAGUUCGUAUAAAUUUGACAUGCAUAUUGAGAGAGUGAGGGUAUUUGAAAUGAGCAUACUAUAGAUGUCGCAAUCAUAGUUUUUCGGUGACUUGAGUUACUUUGUUUUAUGUAUAUCAUAUCACUGCCAGAGCAUGAGUCCAUCAGUUGAUACCCCCUUAUGUCUGUGUAAUGUUAUCUCCCUGCUGUAUUACUACCUGUCUGUAUUAGGUAUGAGGAGACAGUAGCCCAUCUCUUCCUCUAUGUACCUGGCGCUAUGAGCUGAGGAAAGGCCCCGGCCCGGUCCAUGCGUAAUAUUGUGUAUUACUGUAAAACUUUACUGUAUUAGGUCAGCUGUACGAUUUUAAUCCAGCAUUUUAUUUUAGUUUUUUUUUAUUUGGUCGUGUUUUUUAAAGCGAGAAGAAAACAACAAUGAUAAUUGUUUAUUAUAAUUCCAGUGGUGUUAGAUGUUUUGUUAGUUCUGUUUGCAUUCAUGAAGAAGCCAAGUGGAAACACUACUCACACUGUCACAGUAGUAAAGGUAUUUUCAUAUUGAUUAAAAACACCUCUGGGAGGAGUGUUUUUUUAGUGUGUGUGUGUGUGCGUGUGUGUGUGUGUUUGUUUGUUUUGGUUUUACUAUCCUUGUGGGGGCCAGAAGGAAGUUUUCGACAAGUGGGGACAUUUUGCCAGUCCCCACAAGAAAAUAGGUUAUUUAAGGCUUAGGGGUUAGGGUUACAAUUAGGGUUAGGAGUCAGAUUUAGAGUUUGUGGUUAGGGAAAAUAGGAAUCAGUUGCUUGGUUCCCGUGUCUGUGUGUGUGUAAUAAAGGGAAACAGGAUGAAAGGCAAUGCUGUAGUGUGUGUAAUGCUGCCUGGACAACAAACAUUGUAAAGCUCAAUAUCAGACACAGCGGAACGUGUGUAAACUGUGUGUGUACAGUAUGUGAGUGUUACAGAGAGGAUGGGGAGAGCAAGAUGCUUUUUAUCUCUCAGAAUCACCUUUAUUUGCGAAGUACAUUUACACAUACUCAGAAUUUUAUUCGGUGAUAUGUUGUUGCAGUUGCUAGCGAUAGACAACAUUUAGAGACAGAAUACAGACAGUGGAGUUUCAACAACGUUUACAUACAGUACAUUUGGAAAGUAUUCAGACCCCUUAACUUUUUCCACAUUUUGUUAAGUUACAGCCUUAUUCAAAAAUGUAUUAAAUACAUUUUUUCCCUCAUCAAUCUACACGCAAUACCCCAUAAUAACAAAGCAAAACCUUUUUUUUUUAAAUGUUUGCUAAUGUAUUAAAAAAUAUAUAUUUAAAAAAUGUUACAUAAUUAUUCAGACCCUCUUUGCUAUGAGACUCGAAAUUGAGCUCAGGUGCAUCCUGUUACCAUUGAUCAUCCUUGAGACUCUUCCUAGAGCUGGCCGCCCAGCCAAGCUGAACAAUCAGGGGGGAAGGGCCUUGGUCAGGGAAGUGACCAAGAACCCAAUGGUCACUCUGACAGAACUCCAGAGUUCCUCUGUCGAGAUGGGAGAACCUUCCAGAAGGACAACCAUCUCUGCAGCACUCCACCAAUCAGGCCUUUAUGGUAGAGUGGCCAGACAGAAGCCACUCCUCAGUAAAAGGCACAUGACAGCCUGCUAAGAAUUUGACAAAAGGCACCGAAAUUACUCUCAGACCAUGCAUGAGAAACAAGAUUUUCUGGUCUGAUGAAAUCAAGAUUGAACUCUUUGGUCUGAAUGCCAAGCGUCACGUCUGGAGGAAACCUGGAACCAUCCCUACGGUGAAUCAUGGUGGUGGCAGCAUCAUGCUGUGGGGAUGUUUUUCAGAGGCAGGGACUGGGAGACUAGUCAGGAUCGAGUGAUAGAUGAACGGAGCAAAGUACAGAGAGAUCUUUGAUGAAAACCUGCUCCAAAGUGCUCAGCACCUCAGCCUGGGGACGAAGGUUCACCUUCCAACAGGACAAUGACCCUAAGCACACCGACAAGACAACACUGGAGUGGCUUCGGCACAUGUCUCUGAAUGUCCUUGAGUGGCCCAGCCAGAGCCUGGACUUGAACCCGAUCGAAAAUCCCUGGAGAGACCUGAAAAUAGCUGUGCAGCGAAGCUCCCCAUCCAACCUGGCAGAGUUUGAGAGGAUCUGCAGAGAAGAAUGGGAGAAACUCCCCAAAUACAGGUGUGCCAAGCUUGUAGUGUCAUACCCAAGAAGACUCGAAGCUGUAAUAACUGCCAAAGGUGCUUCAACAAAGUACUAAGUAAAGGGUCUGAAUACUUAUGUAAAUUAAAUGUAAUUAAAUGUAAUUAUUUAUUUUUAUUGCUAACAUUUCUAACAAAAACAGUUUUUGCUUUAUCAUAAUGGGCUAUUGUGUGUUGAGUGAUGAGGGAAAAAUAUAUGUAAUCAACUUUAGAAUAAGGCUGUAAAGUAACAAAAUGUGAAAAGUCAAGGGGUCUGAAUACUUUCUGAAUGCACAGUUCAUUAUAUACAACUAGCUUCUAAACUGGAUUGAAAGGGAAAUAAAGCAAUUUAUAGAGCAGUGCUGGGAUGUUUUUAAGCUUGCUCCCCUGUGCAGAGCAGUAGGCGACUGAACCGAUGUUAGGCUUCACAAUUAUGCUAAUAAUGACAUUUAGGCCUAAAAUCCUCACUAUUAUCAUUAUUAAGGACUUAUCUAAAGUGUGCUAAAACGCACUUUGACCCAAGCCUGUUUCCAAAACUGUUAAAGGGCCAUUUGUGACUGGGAUGUUUGCAUACUCUUAACCAUUAAUAAAUGCUGAUGUUCCUCCCAACGAGAUAUGUACAUUACAACAGCAAACAGAGCAGCCCUAGUCAUAUGAAUAACCUUGUGAGUUUUGAACUUGUGCUUAAAAUCUGUUACAGUUAAUUCACUGUAAAUGCCAUACUUUUCAAUAGAGGGGGAAACUGGUUUGGGAUGACUUUGAAAGCAGCGCGCAUGAGUACCAGCAGAUUACAGCACAUACAGGAUUAUUUUGGGGGGGGUGAAUACACGGUAGGCUAAUAUAUUGCUUUUGAUUUUUAGAAAGUGUUUUUUGUAUUACAAUAUUAUAAACCUACAUGAUUGGCGUGUGACAUUCGUUUGUCUGCAGGAUUGUUAUGAAAUGUAUGAAAGUAAUAAAGCGAAAGUAAAAGAUGGUCAAUUUAACAAAUGUUGGGUUUGUU